UUUAUGAGUCAUUAACAUAUUUUAAUAGUCAAAUUAUUUUAUUAAUCUGAUUCUUAGUUUUUAAUAAUAGUCUUUAAGUUGAUCAUUGACAAGUCUUCCAUUGUUUUCUGCAAGUUAAAUAUUUUUGAGGGUCAUUUUAGCUGCUAGAACAGUUUGUUUCAAGAAAUUUAGAUGUUGACUGUAAAUAUAUGAUGAUUAAAUUCUUUUGUAUUUUCGAUCUUUGAAAUUUAAUUCAGGAUGCUUUUACUUGUUUUGCUCUGGAUUUUGUUUCUGUAAUUCUUUCCACUGUGUUGGUGAGUUUCUUUUCUUGGCAUUAAUGAGCUUCGGUACCUGAUGGUGAUAAUUAUAUUUCUAUAUUUCUCUCAUGUAUGAGGCUCUCUGCGUGUUUAAAUAAAGCUGUUUUUUUAUAUUCUUGAUUUUUCUCUGUUACACAGUCAGAGCAGAUGAAGUCUGCUGAUUUUUCUCUGUCUCCAUAGCAACACGGGGGUAUUUACACCAGCAUGCAGGUCUGACUGUCGCAAACUGCUCAGCAGCCAAUUACAGAGGCCAGUUUGAUCCUCUGCAGAUUCCUGCAGUCAAACCUGAGACCUGCUCGCUGUGAGACACCUGCAGCACAAACACGUCGGACUGGUUACAUAACCCAUGAUGCAGUGCGCUUCUUUCGCUCUCGUUCCUGCCGUUGUGGGGCGCGUGUCCGCGGAUCCUUCAUGUGGAUUUUAGCGGAACUUGACGGACAGGAGCCGAGCAGCUCAGCUCGACCUGCUGCACGACUCUCCGCUGUUUGUGCGCACGUUCAGGACCGGAGCACCUGCUGGCUUUUACAGUCUGUCUGCACUGCGUCGAACCCCCCCUCCUCCUCUUCCUCACUCCCCUCCCUCCCUCUGUCGCUCACUGGUUUUCUCCCUCUCCCUCUCUCUCUCCCUCUCCUCGUGAAAUCCUGCAAUAUGCUUCCAAAUUCCCGGACGCGGACUCUCUCCUGAGCCGGUUUUCCUUCAAAGCCUCGGAUUUUUUUAAACCGUUUUUACCGCAGAGAAAAUCACGAGAGUCUCUGAGUGCGGAUGCUGCUGCAGUGCCAGUCCUCCCAGUCCUCCCCUUCAGACUGAGAGCCAGCUCUUCUUGGGAGUUCUAUCUUCUUUCCAGCAUGAUUUUAAGAAAUUGUCAGUCAGGAUUUUUGCUGUCUGAAGCCUCCUCCUUCUCUUCUUUCUCCUCCUCCUCCUCUCUCUGCGGGCUUCUCCGAUCGACGCUGAAAACCUACACCAAGAGGAUACGGAUGUUGACCAAGACAACAUAGUCUAUUAAUAUUUCAGAGCUACUGUAAAGCAAUAUCAGUAUUAAACCCCAGGUUGUGGCGAGUGGCUGGGGAAGGCGCACAGGAUCUCCAUCUGCUGCUCUCCAGCUCUGCUCAGGUGAGAAAAAAAGAGAUGUGAUGGCGAUGGUGCUGAGGAUGAUGAUGAUGAUGGAGAGGGAGGUUCUUCACAGCUCCUGGCCGCAGUAGGAGCUUCUCCACUCCAGCCUGCCACCUCCUUCUCUCCUCUACACCUAAACUUCCUCUUCCUCUCCUUCACCCGCCAGGAAGGAUGACUGUGGUGUCCACAGAAAACAUGGACGAGACUUCCACCCUGCCGGGUCACCCGCAGGACCCCUACCCGCCUGAUGAUGACCACGACAACCAUGACUGCUGUGAGCGGGUGGUUAUCAACAUCUCAGGGCUGCGCUUCGAGACCCAGCUGAAGACCCUUGCCCAGUUCCCGGAAACCCUACUGGGGAACCCUAAGAAGAGGAUGCGCUACUUUGACCCCCUUCGAAACGAGUACUUCUUUGAUCGGAAUCGCCCGAGUUUUGAUGCCAUCUUGUACUAUUACCAGUCAGGAGGACGGCUGAGGAGGCCGGUCAACGUGCCGCUGGAUAUGUUCUCAGAGGAGAUAAAGUUUUAUGAACUCGGUGCUGAGGCAAUGGAGAAGUUUCGGGAGGAUGAGGGAUUUAUUCGGGAGGAGGAGCGACCUUUGCCUGAAAACGAGUUCCAGCGGCAGAUCUGGCUCCUCUUCGAGCACCCAGAGAGCUCGGGGCCAGCUCGGGGUAUCGCCAUUGUCUCGGUGAUGGUCAUUCUUAUUUCAAUAGUCAUUUUUUGCUUGGAGACAUUACCAGAGCUGAAGGAGGAUCCCAACGACCGGAUUCACAUGGUGGGCAACACCACCAUGUUCUACAAAGCAAACGUCCUCACAGACCCUUUCUUCGUAGUGGAGACGCUCUGCAUCAUCUGGUUUUCCUUUGAGUUGAUAGUUCGGUUCUUUGCCUGCCCCAGUAAGGCAGCGUUCUUCAAAAACAUGAUGAACUCUAUCGAUAUCGUGGCUAUAAUCCCAUAUUUUAUCACUCUUGGCACAGAGCUGGCCGACGACCAAGGCAACAGGGAGGGGAAGGGUGGCGGGGAGCAGGCCACGUCUCUGGCCAUUCUCAGGGUAAUCCGUCUGGUGAGGGUGUUCAGGAUCUUUAAACUGUCCCGACACUCCAAGGGUCUCCAGAUUCUGGGGCAAACUCUAAAGGCGAGCAUGCGGGAGCUGGGCUUGCUCAUUUUCUUCCUCUUCAUUGGCGUGAUUUUGUUUUCCAGCGCUGUCUACUUCGCGGAGGCUGAGGAGAAGGACUCGUUCUUCUCCAGCAUCCCAGAUGCUUUUUGGUGGGCCGUGGUGUCGAUGACGACAGUCGGCUAUGGGGACAUGUACCCUGUGACCAUCGGAGGGAAGAUUGUAGGCUCGCUUUGCGCCAUAGCCGGAGUGUUAACCAUAGCGCUGCCGGUGCCUGUCAUCGUGUCCAACUUCAACUACUUUUACCACCGGGAGACAGAGGGUGAGGAGCAGGCCCAGCUGCUCAACGUCAGCAACCAGAACUUGGCGUCGGACACCAACUCGAGUCGCCGCAGCUCCUCGGUGGUCAGCAAGUCGGAGUACAUGGAGAUAGACGAGGACUUAAACAACAGCAUCGACAACUUCAGGGAAGCUAACCUUAGGACUGCCAACUGCACAGCUCCCAGCCAGAACUGUGUUAACAAGGGCAAGCUGCUCACCGACGUGUGAGGCGGCAUGCGACCACCGCUGUAAAUAUUGUAGAAAUAUCUGGAUGCUUUAUAUCCAUUGGUGCAUUUUAUUCUCAUUUUUGCAUUGAUUCAUUCAGACAUUUGUGGAGACUUUAAUGCACAUGCGGUCAAAUUAUUCAAAAAAACAACAACAAAAAACAGAAAAACGUGUUUGGCAAUAGUACAAAAAUCUGCAGGUUCGGGGAAACAUUUGAGAAAUUAUUGACAAAGUUUAGUAACUUGCACCCUUCGAUUUUCUAAUGGUCUAAACAUUAAAUAGAAGCUUCACUAAUUUUACUUUUAGUCAAGGAUUUCCAUAGACUGUAUAUAAAAAUAUGGGUGAAAGGUAUAAAGAGUGAAGCCAGUGCUGAGGUGGCUUAAACCUGCAUUCCUUCUUCUGCAGCGGGUGACCCCUCUUUGAGAAGUCUAUGAGAAAAUGAGCCUACUGCUUAACUGACUUCUCAGUUCAGCAAUAUAUUCCUGAUGAGUUUAUGGUCUCAGUUGCUGGUUUCAGGUCUUACUGAAUAAAACACGAUGUUUACUUUGGAAACUACGGUCCUGUUCGAGUCACAUGCGACGAUAAAAGAGGGGCGGAGCUAGAACAGAGCUUCCUCGUGACUUUCUGAGUGUGCGGUGUCCCUCGGUUCCCCAUUCAUCCCAGAUCUCACGCGUCAUGUUCAGAUUCCAAACUGGCUUCAAACGAGGCUUCACAAAACAAAGCGUGUCAUCGUCACACUGGCUACAUCCAUCUUUUAUUUACAGUCUCAAAAGUUAGUUUAAAUGUCUCAGCUUGUCAGUUUAUCUACAUUAAAUUUUGUGGUAAAAACUGGACCUGUGGAUUUUAAAAGAUAUGAAAAGGCUGCAAAACAAAUCCCCACAUUGCAUCCUGGGAAAUGCAGUGUUUUGUCCCAAACUAGAGAUGGAAAAGUAAGAGUAUUCCUUCUUCCUGUUUUAUAUAACUUUUAGCCAUUCUUCCAGCUCAGUGUAAAAAAGAAGGGAAACACUCACCUGAUGGAGUGCACCUUUAACAGAGUUAUUACGGUAAUAUCCUCUUAGAAUCCUUUUAUAAUUACAAUUUAAUUUAGGAUGAAUUAAAAGAAAGACUUUAGAGCAAAGCAACACAACUUUUAUCUGUGCUUCACUGUUUGACAAACAGAUAUUACGCCACAGAAAAAGUGGAUCAAAAAUAGCCUUAGAAGUAACAGAGAGGAUUCAGAAAGUAUCAAAAGCAAGCUAAGACAUUGACAUAUAUGCAAAGCAUAUAUUGUGAAUUUAAGGGUAGAAAUGACUAAUUGUACAAUAAUGAAUCGAAUGUCUUCCCGACACCUGCCAAGUUUUGUGCAACAGACCGAACUUUCAGGAAAAAAAAGGAACAGAAAAAAAUAAUUAAAGCCCAACUGAGAUUCGAAGAACGAUUUCCUCCCUGAAGAAACGCUUUCUGCGUGGAUUAUUUCAGGUGUGUCUUUCUGCGGCACAUCCAGGGAAAGUUUGGAAAAUAUGACGCCGGAUGUAGACCCCGGCUUUUCAGGCACCUUAUCAGAGAUAAACAGGAAGCGUGCCGAGCCUUGUGAAGGAUUACGUGCAUCGCUGCUGCUGCUAUGGGUUGGCUGGAGGUUCCCUGUAUGAUGCCAUGCAACACUCCUUUAUAUAGAAGCAUGUGGAGACUCUCUUCUCUCUUAUAUCGGCAUGCACAAGACAUUACCUCAUUUUAUUUCUACAUUCUUCUGUGCGUCGAGCUCCAUCUUCCGCUCCUGGAUUUUUUCUCUCAUUUGUUUUCACCAAAAGUGCACUGGCUGCUUAUUCUUAUCAUUUCAGUUGUUUCAGAGCAUUUAAGUGUUGAAUGUUUAAGGGAACAGGAACUCUUCUUCUUUUGAAGAUCAUGGCAUGUCAAAAUACUAAAGCAUUAUGGCCUAAUUAGCUAUGGUAUAGCUAUGUAUACUCAAUGCAUGACGUCAGUAUUAAAUUGCUUGCAGUUGGGAGGGACCUGGGGAGGUGGAGGAUGAUGAUGAUGAUGUGUGUUCUCAUUACUGUCGCGCUAACGACAGAAUUUGGUGCAUGGUGGAGCUAAACUGUCGGAGGGGACAAAUCUGCUAAAAAAAAAGAAAAAAAACUAAAUUAAGAAAAAAAUGAGAUAUAGCCGAUGAUCUCUAAAAAAAAAAAAGAUCUCAGAAAUUCCAUCCUCUGUUUUCAUUUGUUUAAAGCUUCGAUCUUGGAGUGCAUGGGAUCAUUUCAUGUGAUUUGUGACCCCAAGAAGGAAAGCAGUAAUAUUUAACAAAUUUCAUAGGUGUAUCUAUAAUUAGUGUCUUAGUGCCUUGAAGCCCUUCUCGUUCUAGAAUUGACUGAAGUGCCUCCCGUUCCAAGAGAAAAACAAAGAGCUUACUGUGUGCAGCUUAACUUCUCCUGCCAUAAAGAUGCACUGCUCCCUGCACUUAUGGAACUAAACAUAGAUGAACCCACAUGUUCAGAAUUUAGUCCUGAUUCCUGGGCCUAAAAAACACAAAGAAAAGCUUUCUGGGAUGAUGACACACAGCAUUCGUGCAGAAAAUUUCCUUAUUUUUGGUACAUUUGGAGUUUAAUGGUAUGUAUACCACAUGGACACUCAGCCUUUCCAGAUAUUACCCAUCAGAAAAGUAACAUGGAGGUGAUGUGUUGGAUGUUCAGGGAGUGACUGUUGAAGGACAGGAGCUGCUCAGCUGGUUCAAUUAGAAGAGGACAGAAAGGUCAAACAGCUCGAUUUAGGAGAAAGUCAUGAAGGAAACGGUCAGAAACCAAAGCUAGCAGUUUGAGGAUGGUGACCCUCAUGCUGGUGCAGUACAUCUGUGCAUAGGUGUAUAAAGAGGGAUAUUAUAGAGUGAUUGCUGUGUGUAAAGCCCUUCUUAAAAUAGAUAUGAGGAAAGAGGCAAUCGGUGAUCGGGUGAUGAGGUGUGAUGAGCAGCGAAAGAGCAGUGAAAAGCUAAACCCUGCGCUGAGGGUGCCUCUGUCAUAGUGUCGAAGCACGCAUGUUGUCUGAAGGUUCCUACAGACUGUGAUCUGAUCUGUGCCCAUAUCUGUAGUCAGAGCACAUAAGCUUCAGGUUUAAAUUAGUAGUCUGGACUCUGCUGGUGAAGUCUGGACAGGCUUUGGUUGGAUGCAGGUACCCUCCUCUGUGCACAGCAAAGAGGGAUUAUAACAGCACCCUCAUCCACCAUCAUCCAAACACUGAGGUGGUGUUUAUCCCUCCGCUCAAGCUCCGAGCCUUCGAGAAUAAAAGCCGAGCACCACCAAAGUUCUUCAUGAUGCCAUAACCUUUAAAUGACUUAUCAGUUCUUCCUUUAAUUCCUCACAUGAAUGCUAAAAGAAGGCACUUCAAUCAGCUGCUAAGGGAGCAAAAUACCUAUUCAGACACAUGAAACUAAUGAAAUUAGUUUCUUAUUUAUACCAGCUAACUGCACAGAACUGUAUACACUGUCUAAGGUAGCAAACAUUUUUAAAUAGCCACAGAAACGAGGACACAGAAAAAUACAUUUAAAAUAGCAUGUGAUCAAUAACUGGUGCUAAUUACGGCUCAUUAUUCUCACUUUUUUUAAAGAAAUAAAAUUAAUUUGGCCACUUUUUUAGGUACACCUUUGAAAUCUAGAGUCAUACAUUUCGUGCCUUUACAAAAACAGCCAUGUAAAACAGGUGAUGAUUUCUGUUUAUUACCAAGCUCUUUCUCAAUUAUGUCACAUUAUUUUAGAUUUUACAGGUGUACCUGGGUUUUAGCGCAAAAUGCUGAUUUUGUGGUUUCACCAAAAAAAGUGCCUCACUUUCUUAAAAAUCUAACAAUUAUUGGCAAUCUGUGAAUACAAACAUGGUGUGGGCGUCCUCGAUGAAGUUAGGGCUUCAGCUGAGGCACAAAAAUGAGACGUCAGCAUUAGGGAGCCUAUGAACUGAACAGAACAGCAGAACACUGCCACCUUCUGAUGCCAGGGACCAAAAACUGCUGGAGAUUCGAUCAGAGUCUUUGGAAAGAGUAAAAACUGCAGAGAAGGAUACUUCUGUCAUCGAUCUGCAACACCUUCACCUGCCUCUAGUCACUGCCGUGUUUGUGAUGCUUUUUACUAAGCCCGUCCUGAGUGAACGUGAAGGGAUAAAAGCCUCUGCCUGUGUGUGGAUGAUGGUGGAUCUGACCUCAGUGUUUCCUCUGCAGAGCGUCUGAACAUUACCACGGGUGUUAGUCACUCAGCACGCCAACAAAAUGGCACUGCUGCCACUGCUGUUCGUACAGGGGAGAACCUGCCUGUGUGAGGGAAGACUGCUGUGAUAUUUUUUUCUUGUUAAAGCAUUGGCUUUAAUUCCACACGGUCGAUUUUCAGUGACAUUAACAGCUGUAAGUGAUUAAUCAUCACUUUUAGUGUUAGACUGCAUCCACGUGUCCAGAAAUCCAUCCAGUCAACUACAUGACUGAGAGGGCACACUAGAGGGAAAGGAUCAGGACUUCUAACUGCCCCCCCAUCCCACACACACUCACACACAUACACACACACACUUUUAAAAUAUCAGCUGUACCAUGUGGACGUCAGAGGAAACAAAGGCUUCACUUUUGGUUAGCUGGGAGCAUUUAUAACUCAAAGCGACUCGACGUGAUUUGACACAAGGCUUAAAAUGUCAUGAAUAACUGUCCAAUCACAGGUUCUUGGGGUGGGAAGCCUCGACCCUGAAGUUUCCUUAACUUUUAGAAGGUACUGCCACAACUUUUCCAGAACUGUGCCGGUGUUUUUUAUUCAGUUUGUAAGGCCGAGCCGCUCUGCUGUGGUCGCUAUAAUGACAUUAUGACUCAUGUCUAUUUCACAGAAAUACGAACAGGAAUGUUAUCAGGUUUCUCUGGUGGGAAAAUAUCAAGGAUAAAAAUGCUGGAUUUUGAUCCUGAUCCUGGCUUCAGAUAAAAACACCUGCAGACUUUCAGGCUGCUGUUACAUUUGAAGCUGAACCUCAGAGUCAGAGCAGCGGUGACCCGAGGAGUCCUCUGCAGCCACCCACACAGCUGUUUUCACUGAUUAGAGCUCCUCUCAAGUCUGUGUGGGCAUGUGCAGACUGGACCUGGGACCGACAACAUUUAUCACUAAAAAACUAAACAGAGAUUUCAAGUUAAUCAAUUAAUUAUUUAUUUAUGUAACCACCAUGUUUUAAUUAUUAUGCCAUAUUUUACUCAUCAGUCUGCACUUAGUCACAAAAUGAAGUUAAACGCAACACACAAGAUUAUAUUUAUGCUCUCUUGGCUAUUAAACUUGAAAACACAAACUAUUAUUAAUGUGAAAAAGAGUAGAUAAUCUGAAACAUGCAUGAUGGUUUACACCUGAAAGAUGAAUUUAAAAAUGAAUAGCUAUUAGACACUAAUAAUCCAUGCAUAAAGUGUGUUUGUGUGUGAGAGAGAAUUAUUCUAAUUUAUUCAUGCACAUGAACAGUUUCAGCUUAGCACAAUGUAUACAAGCACAAUAAUUUUGUUUAUGCAUAAACCGAGGGAAGUCUUGUUGUGUGCAGAAUUAUACAUUACAAGAAGAGUUUACAGAAGUUUGUCCCUGCAACUCUGAAAUGUUGCUGACAAGAAAACGUGUUAAUGAUCUGAUUUGACAUCAUAGUGAUAAAAGAGCCUUCUUGUGUCCUCCAGCAUUUUUAUCACAAGCAAACUGGAGUCUCUCUUUUGCACUCAACUAUCAUCCAUUUAUAAAAAAACAAACAAACUAAAAAACAUCUAUUUUCAGCCCUGCCUAUGAUUAGAAUUAGAUUUGAAUUAUUAUUUGAUCUCUUUUUGUCCAGAAGUUGUCUUAUUGUUACAAGAUGCUGAUAAGAAAAAUAUGUUUUCUUGAUGCAUAAAUGUUUGUAUUUUGUGUCACAGUCACUGAUUUCUGAAAUUCUUAUUUUAAGAUUAACUUCUGGCACAGAGCACAGCUUCGUUCGGGACUCUUCUGCUUCCUGAAGCUUUAAAUUUAUUGCUGCUGUGAGUGAUGGAACAUCAGGAGGAAGGUUUAUUGUGCGUCUCGGCUGUGUGUCAUCAUCCUUUUACCUUUAAGGCUUGUCUUAUAAACUGCUAAGGAAAAAAAAUCCCUUUAAUUAACAUUUCAGUCUGAUGGAAAAAUUAAUGCAUGCAACGAAGGUGCUACGUGUUAAACAUGCAGUAUGUCCUAGGGAGCAAAAUUACAAAUUCCACAUGUUUUUAAAGGAAGGAUCACACUCAAAAUGUCUAUAUUUUUUUUGACAGCUGUUUAAACUUGUGAUGACAUCUAACAUCAGGGUGAUCGGUCGUCUUCUUGUGGGUUGAAAUUCUGUUUGUUCAUACUUGUUUACCGCAGGGUAGAGUUAGAGACAUAUCUGCACCCGAAUGGACCAAAUCAUCAUCAGAGCAGCUAAACACACGGAUGGUACACAAACAUUUUCUAGAUUAAAGCUCAUGUGUUUGGAGAGAUUUUAUAGUGUGUAGUUAUUUUUAGAACCUUUAUCAUUUGGUUAAGCAGUAGCGAUGAAGAGAAACAAGUUUCCUUUCAAAUUAGAGUCCAGUUUUUAUAACUACUGUAAACAGAAUUUAUUUAAGAAGCUUCCAGCUGCCAUGCGCAAACCGAUCAAUUAAUUAAUUUGCAGAUGACAACAUUAAAUGAACUGCAGAGCAACCAUUUUUAUUCUAUCUGCGUUUUCAUUACAGGAUGUUUGAUUUUUUACAAAUAUUCAUUCGGACUGCUGACUCAAGCCAUCACUGCAGAGUUUCUCAGCCUUGACGAGAUCGUAUAUCCAUAUCUGUGUAUUUAAGGUUAUUACAGCAAAGUGUUGUGCAAACACAAAGUGCAGGAAGCAAGAAAUCAGUUGUUGGAACAUUGCCGACUGUGAUUGUUUGCAUUCCAUUAAAAUCAGACAUUAAGAGUCUUUACUAAUUAUUGAUGAAUACCAACAUCUGUGGGGUUUGUGGUGAAGAUUCUUUCUAAAUUGAAUACCUCUGGAGAAUAUUUCAGCAAUAUUUAAGCUUUUUAUUGUCACUAAUUUAAGCUGGAAGAAGGAGUUUUCUUUAAAAUUGAAAGUUCAAGGACAACAUAAUGAAAAUUAUAGGUUAAUCAGUUAUGAAAAAAAUAAAUAUAGUUUAUGUUUUAAUUUUGCAACAUUAGAAUUAAUAAUUAAUCUUGACCUUUGAAUGACUUUUAGUGAAUGACCUUAUGUAGCUGAUGAAGGGUUGAUGCCUGCAAUCAUCUGGAAGAGGACAUACAUUGAAACUUCCUUGUGAAAGUUCACCAUUGCACUUUUCAGCCUUGAAAAUUCAAAUAUUCAGACAUUCACAACUUAUUUUAAAUUAUAUUCUGUGAGUUAAGCCUUCAAAAUGAAGAGAAAAUGUACGUCACACUUUACAACAGUUAACCCAACAGAUUUGGGGUUGAGAAACUCUGUCUUAGGUCAUGUUUCAUAGGUUUUUGUGAUAUUUAAAAAGCCAUGACGCAAGUGAAAAUUAUUCUUAUGAUGCAGAAUUAUAAAAAGUAUGUAAAUGUGUUUCAUGGACUUUUGGAAAAACUGUGAUUAUGUGCUGAUGGUUUUGUCAGCACUGCAGUGUAAAGAGAAGGUGCAUGGAUGAGUGAAGACUGAACUGCAUGAACUUAACAUUAACAUAAAUUUAUGCUGGUGGAGAUAUAUUUUUGCUUAAACAAACACUCUCAUGAUUGUUUGUCUUUUUAGAAACUCAUAAAAAGAUUUCCAGCUGGUUACUUUGGGACGAAUUAUGUUCGGCUUAACAUUUAGCUUAAGUAAGUCUGUUCCCUCUUAGUCUCAAGCCAAAGUCAUCAUUUACAAAACAAUAUGAUAAACGUACUUGUUUCCCCUUUGCUGGGGUGCUGAGAUCCUCCUUGAACUCCGCAGUCAUCAACAUCGCAAUACGUCUGUUUUAUUCUGCUUUUAUUGCUUUUUUAAAUCUUAAAGGCUCUUACUGGAGAGCACAGCGUUUGUCAUUUGUUGUUGAGGCAUAGUCUGUAACCUAUGCAAGGUUAGUCAACGACAUAUGUCCAUUCUGAUUAUCGUCAUAUAACAGCAGUUUCAAUAAAUCUUCAAAGAUGAA